UUUCUUUGUAACCAUAACAGAGAUUUUCUUUAUAUUUUUGGACGGAUUACUGUGAGAUUCUUCUUCUUAAUUGAAGACAGUAGGAUAUUUCUACAAUCAUAAAAUAAAUAAUUAGAAAAAAAAGGUAGAAUAUUCAAAAUAGAAAAAUAAGGAAAGAAAGACUGUAGUUGGACCCCCUUCCCUUUUAUAUGUAAAAUUAAACCAAAAUCCUUUUCCUCAUUAUUGGAUUCCAUUAUACCUUUCCUUUUUAUUUUCUCUUCUUUCAUCUUCACUUUAUCAUUUCCCAUUUUUAUUCCACUCAUUUUUUUUUUUCUGUUUUUUUUUUUUUUUUGGGUUUCUCUCUAUAUUUCUUCAUGCUUUUUUCAUAGAUCUGUAGCAUUAUAAGUUCUCUUUUGAGUUUUCUCAGAAAAUAAAUAAAUAAAUAAAAAUGGUGAAUGGAAAAUCUGGUGCUGCUACUCCUAAUAAAGGUCAAGCAUGGUUUUGCACCACUGGUUUACCAAGCGACGUCGUUGUUGAAGUCGAUGACAUGACUUUCCAUCUUCAUAAGUUUCCAUUGAUGUCGAAGAGUAAGAAACUCCACGACCUCAUAAAAGAACAAGAAGCCAACAAAGUACAACCACUAGAGCAAAGACAAGAUACACAAAACGACGACGUUGAAUCCGAAGACGACGAAGACUUAGUUGAGCAAGAGCAAUGCCACGUGUCACUCACAGAAUUCCCCGGCGGCUCAGAGACAUUCGAAGCCGCCGCGAAAUUCUGUUACGGUGUAAAAAUCGACCUGACCGCCGCCAAAGUGGCCCCACUCCGGUGCGCCGGAGAAGUUCUAGAAAUGACGGAAGAAUAUUCUGAAGACAACCUCAUCUCCAAAACAGAAAGAUAUCUCACAAACAACGUUCUCAAAAACAUCAAGGAUUCCGUGAAAGCGUUAAAAUCAUGCGAGUUUAUAUCGUCGCUUUCGGAAAACCUUGGCAUUGUUGACCGAUGCAUUGAUGCUAUUUCAUCGAAAGCGUCGCUUUAUGAUCCGACAUUGUUCGGGUGGCCGGUAAACGACGUCGUUGUAACCUCUUCCGGAGGUUCUAGAAAGAAGAAUAUGACGUCGUCGAAGAUGAGAGACGCAUGGGUUGAAGAUCUUGCUCAACUGAGCUCAAAUCUCUUCAACCGAGUCAUCUCCUCAAUGAAAGAGAAAGAAGUGAAUCCGGAGGUUAUUGAGAGUUGUUUGAUUCAUUAUGCGAAAAGAUGUUUCCCUGGGAUUAGUCGUUCCAACCGCAAGCCGACGCCAUCAUCGUCGAUGAUGGCGUCGGAAGCGGAGCAGAGACAGUUAUUAGAGACGAUAGUGUCAAACUUCCCGACGGAGAAGAGCUCUCGAUCGCAAGCUGCGACGAGGUUUUUGUUCGGGUUAUUGCGCACUGCGAACAUUCUUAAUGCUUCGGAAGCAUGUAAAUCUGCUGUGGAGAAAAAAAUUGGAGCUCAACUAGAGCAAGCAACAUUAGAUGAUUUGUUGAUUCCGAGUUAUUCGUACUUGACGGAAACUUUGUAUGAUGUUGAUUGUAUUGAGAGGAUUUUAGGCCAUUUUUUGGCGGAUUUUGACGGGAGAGAAAUUGAAGGUGAUGGUGAUCAAACCCUAGGUAAUGCCCGAUCACCGGCGAUAAUGCUCGUCGGAAAACUUAUUGAUGGUUACCUUUCGGAAAUCGCUUCGGAUUCGAACUUGAAACCGGAAAAAUUCAUUCAAUUGGCUCUUUCGUUGCCGGAGGAAAAAGCACGGUUAUAUGAUGAUGGUGUUUAUAGAGCCGUCGAUGUUUAUCUCAAGGCGCAUCCAUGGUUAUCAGAGGAAGACAGAGAGAAAAUAAGUGGAGUAAUGGACUGUCAAAAGCUAACACUCGAAGCGUGCACACACGCAGCACAAAACGAGCGGCUGCCACUAAGAGCAGUAGUUCAAGUACUCUUUUUUGAGCAGCUCCAACUCCGGCACGCCAUCGCCGGUACUCUAAUCACAGCCGACAUUGCGGCGAGUGAGUCCACUCGUCCUUCGGUCCAAGACGAGGACGAGGGGGAGAGGGAUGGCGGCGAUGGUGGAACCGGGGCGGGGAGGGAACAGAGUACAUGGAAGGAGGCAAUAAGGGAGAAUCAAGUGUUGCGGCUAGAUAUGGAUAGUAUGAGGACAAGAGUACAUGAGUUAGAAAGGGAGUGUUCAAGUAUGAAGAGAGUAGUUCAAAAGAUUGAUAAGGUGGGAAGUGCUUCUCCGAGUUGGAGAAGCACUAUAACACGUAAGUUUGGGUGUAAGUUUAAGACACAAGUUUGUGAUUCGCAUGAAUCAACGGUUGUGGAGAAUAGGAAAGGGAGACAUCACACCAAUCAACGGUGAUUAAUUAAGUCUAGUAAAAGUAAAAACAAUGUGUCUAUAGGAUUAGAGAAUUAUAUUUAAAUUCAUACUUAAUUGAUAGGCAUAUUUCGUACAAUUUGUAAUUUUGUUGAUUGUGUAUUUGGAAUUGGAAAAAGAGAGGUUCAACUAGCAUUCUAGCAGUAUUAUUUGGUGUGGUA